GCCCGUCCCUUGGAUGCCACACUGGCUCGCCAGGGUUCUCGCCCUCAGCGGGCGGGGAUGUGGGGAGGGCUCGUCCGCUCGCUCGCCGACAGUGCCCUCGAUCGCAUCGACUUCUCGCCGCAUGCACGCUGCACCUCUCGGCUGGCCCUGCCCUUUGGUCUCUUGCUUUUGGUUAUUCGGUGCCAGCGGCCCUCGUCCACGCCUGCUCCUCCUUCCGGCGCUGCUCUGAUCCCCUCGCUGGCUUUCAUUGCCCCGCAAUUCCUUUUGCCGCAGCUGACUCUCCAAUCUGGUGUCUAGACGACCGCGAUCGAGAUCACCUUCCGCCGAUCAUGCGCAUCUCGUUCAGAUGGUCGCUGUCGCACGCCGUCCGGUGCCUACCUGGGAUAUGGAUGCUGUCGACGCUCUUUCUGGCGACCGCGGGUCCGUUCUAUACCCCCGUUGCGUUCUCGAUCGCGUUCAUUUUCCUGCACUUUGUGUUCGUGGCAAACAACUUUCGAACUGCCUGGGGCGUCUAUUCCAUCUAUCACGAAGCCGUCAAGCACACGUAUACCAAUUGGUACCAGAAGUACUGCCAGGAAACCGAUUUUUCAAAGACCGACGGGCUUGUGUUUGAGAAUAUCCUGCAUGUGAUCGUCAUCCCGAAUUACUGCGAGAGCCUCGAAACCCUGGCCGAGACUCUUGACAUUCUCUCGAGCCACUCGAUGGCGUACUCCCAGUACAAAAUCUGCCUCGCCAUGGAGGCGACCGAGAAGGACAGCGACAAGAAGGCGCUGAUGCUGAUUUCGCGAUUCGGUGAUCGGUUCAAAGAUAUCGUCUUCACGAUCCAUCCGAGCAACUUGUCCGGCGAGAUUCGCGGCAAAUCCAGCAAUGUUUCCUGGGCCGCGCGCCAGAUGUCUUACUCGCUCGAUGGCAAUCACGCCCAUGUCGUCGUGACCGUCAUGGAUGCCGACACAUGCUUUGCCGAGGACUACUUCACGGCCCUGACCUACUACUAUGCCACCUAUCCAAAGGAGACCCGGACCAUGAUGAUGUUUGCUCCCUGCAUUGUCUUUGACAGGAAUGCCAAGGAUGUUCCCUUCAUCGUCCGAGCCGGAGACAACGUUUGGGCAACAUCCGUCAUGUCCAAUCUGUACCGCAGCUCCGCCGUCAAGUUCCCCUGCUCGGCAUACUCGCUGUCGAUGGAUCUUGCCAGGGCCGUCGGGUUCUGGGAUUGCGGACCCGAGGCGAUCGGCGAAGAUAUGCACAUGUACCUCAAGUGCUAUUUUGCGACCGAAGGCCGUGUGCGCAUCCAGCCAAUCUACUCGCCGGCCUCGCAGUCCAACGUCCAGGAGUCGGGCUAUUUCAAGACCCUCUAUGCUCGUUAUGUCCAGGGGCAAAGACACAUGUGGGGGUCGCUCGACACAAGCUACACCAUCUAUCGAAGCAUAAUGGCCUCUGUCCGGCGCAAGAGCUGCCCGGAAUUCAAGGGCAAGCCAAGACACAACAUCCGGGGCGGGUGCUCGUUCUGUCUUCCAAGGCUUGCGGUUCUUCUACAGAGGGUCCUCGAGGCGCAUGUCCUGCUGUGCCAUGCCAUCAUGAUGAUCUUCAUCACCUUCCUGACCCUGCCCAGCGGGUCCUUCAGCGUUGGCUCCGUGGCGGCCUCGUAUUUACGGAGCGAACCGCUGCAUCCAUAUGUUACGCUGUCCCUGUGGCUCGCCGGUUGGAUGAGGUUUGCUGGCACAUUGCCGUUCCUCGUCACGGUGGCCUACUACGAGCGAUACCACCAGUGGGUCGGCAUCCACCGCUGGAGAGCCGAUGAUUCGGGUGCAGCUCGGAUGCUCGGCAAGCGACCGCAGCUCAUUUCGAGGCGGACAUACUGGAAUCUGCUGGACUGGGCAGCACUGCCGAUUGGCGCAGUCCUGUUUGUGGUUGUGCCGACGAUCCAAGCACAGCUGUCUCACUUUUGGACCGAUCGCCUGAUCUACCAAGUAUCGUCCAAGCCUGUCCUGGAGAUGCCGCCUGACAACAGCGAGAGGAAACAGGACUCGAACUACGCCCACGACAUCGGCAUCAUGAUCGAGGCCGAGUGUCCGUCAAUGGUAAUAUCGCCGCGGUUGGAUGAGCCCUCGUUGGCCUCGUACCGAGCCGACUCAGGCUUCUUUGACUUUGACAGCAGCCCCUCCGGAUCCGAUUUUUCCUUUGGCUCGCUGCCGGCAAGUCCUCGCCGUGUUUCGAUGGAUACGGACGGGUUGGUGGAGGCUGUGUGAGCGCCGCGGAAUCAAGAUGUGGAUAUAGAGACAGGGGCGAGGAGAGCGCAAUACUGUAUUCAUGGCAAUAUACUGUGGGCGAAAUGAACCAG